AUGAUAUUAGCGAAGAGAAGUAAAGGGAACGUUGCAAAACAUGAAGCUAACUGCCCCGUUGUACACAUGAUUGCCUCCAUCUCUCCGUUCACUGGUAUCAAACCUCACUACCUAGAAUACUUUCUUCCCUUCUUGAUGCAACUACUGUUCGCUGCAAGUGAAACAAUUUGCGGCUGCGAUCUCACUCGAUUGGCAUGUGACACCAACUGCUGUUGUGACCCGGAUUGUACCCCAACUCAUAUGCUUUAUUUCUCACACUGUGAUAAACAAAUAAUGGGAAAUCCAUUGGGGCUAUGUCGAACUGAAAGAAAUGAUGAUUACGAGUCUCAUUGGAGCCCCGGUUGUCUGUUUGCCAACAACAAUGAUGAACUCAAUUUUGCUUCAUUUGAUGAAGCGGAACUGAACUUUUCCGCACCCGUAUCUGGAGAAAAAAACGCCAACUUCUAUACACCAGGUAGUCCCAUUUAUGUGGAGCAUUCGCCUGGAGAGAUUCAAGAGAUGCUGGUAAGACAAGAAAUACCCGGACAAGGUUGCAUCGAAACAACACCUAUCAAUGAAUUUAUGACCCGUGAGAUACAUUGCUUCGAAAAAGCGAUAGCUAAUCGCAGCUAA